CUUAUUAAAUAGAAAUAAUGAUAUCUAUUCGAGCGAAUCCUCUGGCAGAAGAAUACGGUUUAAGUAAUUUACUUCAUUCAGAAGAGUCUGUAUUGCACAAAAGUGUAGAUUCUCAAAAACGCCCAUACAUCAUAGGACAUUACCCAACAAAAUCGUGCUUCUACAUAAGAUAUGGAAAUGAAACUAAAGGAGUUCUGAAAUAUAAGAUGACAGGCAAAGAAAUCAUAGAUUUCUACCAUACAUAUGUUGAGGAAGAAGAGCGGGGCAAAGGGAUCGGAAAUUUGCUAGCAAAGGCUGGUAUGGAGUAUGUAGUAGAGAAGGACCUGAAGGCGAAACUCAGUUGCUCAUUCAUGCAGAAGUUCGUGGACGAGGCGUGUCUGCCCAUCUAUUACGACAGAGCAAUCUAUUCAUAUCCUUCUAAAGAGUGACAAAUGCUUAAUGGUGCUCGUCCUUUGCUUAAUUAAUUUUUAAUCAAAUUUGUAAAUAUGUACAAAACCUAAACAAGUCUCUUAUUUAGUUUGGAUUUAGUCUGU